GUUACUUUUGUCUCUCUAGUUACUGACUCUUAUACUUUUCUAUAUUUUUCAGCCCACCCGAUGAUCGCCAGCGUCUCGUGGCUCAAUCCCAGCUCAGGUCGGACACUUAUUUAUGGUUUGCUUAUCACACAAAGUGCUUUGAUGCUGUGUGCGACAUCCUCAUUCAUAGAGCCCUGAGAAUUCAGCCCUUGCUCUUCAGCGCUGAGCGGAGCCUCCAUGUGAGCGGCGUCAUGUGUGAGGCGGCGUCGGGCGGGAACGCCUCCCACGCGACCUUCGUGCUCAGAGGUUUCCCGCAGCUGCAGCGCCACCAGCGGCUGCUGGCGCUGCCGCUCUGCGCCUGCUACCUGUGGGCGCUGGUGGGAAACGCGCUGCUGGCGUUGGUCAUCGGCAGCGCGGAGGCUCUGCACAGCCCCAUGCACCUGCUGGUGUGCGUGCUGUGCCUGGUGGACAUGCUGGUGGUGAGCGCCAUCAUGCCCAGCGCGCUGCUCAACCUGCUGCUGGGCUGGGACCACGUUUCCCUGAGUGGCUGCCUCACCCAGAUGUUCUUCACACACCUGCUGUCGUCGGUGGAGUCCACGCUGUUGGUGGUCAUGGCUCUGGAUCGGUACGUGGCCAUCUGCCUGCCGCUGCGUUAUGGCCGCAUUAUGAAUUCCCUGAUGUUUGGGAGGCUGCUGCUGUUCACUCUGCUGCGCAGCGUUUCCAUCAUGGCGGUGCUGGUCGGUCUGGCAGCUUCGCUCCAGUUCUGCGGCUCCAACGUCAUCCAGCACUUGUACUGUGACCACAUGGCGCUGGUGAGCCUGGCGCUGGACACGGACACAAGCCAGGCGGCCGGCCUGGCCGUGAUCGUCUGCUUCGUGGGGGUGGACAUCCCACUCAUCUUCUUCUCCUACGUGAGGAUCCUGAGUGUGGUCCUGCGCAGGGCGGCCGGCGAGGAGCGUCUGAAGGCGUUUCACACCUGCACCACUCACCUGAUGGUUAUGAUGUGUUUCUACCUGGUGGGGAGCGUCACCUUCCUGUCUCGCAACCUAAGAAUCCCCAUAGAAACAGAUGUCAACACCUUCAUGGGCCUAACGUACAUUCUCCUCCCAGCGACUGUCAAUCCCAUAAUAUAUGGUGUUCGGACCAAAGAAAUCCAAAAUGGCUUCUUCACAGUUUUUAAUCUGAGAAAAAGCAUUGUUCCUGCUGAAAAACGAACUUGAGAGGUCGUCUUAUCAUUUACUGCAAAUUUAGAUUUGGACUUUGAAAACGGUUUAAUUUUAAAAACAUUCCUGUGAAUCUGUUGAGUCUGAUAAUGAUUUACAUCAAAGUAUUCCAUAAAGAACAACAUUGUCAGAGUGGAACACAGGAGUUUUGUUUUGUCCCAACCACAGUCGUUAUUGCUUUAAUUAAAGGAAUCUGGAUCCAGACCCCAGACGAUGAGUGGUUCCAGUAAACGGUAUCUGAAAAGAAGCGCAGACGACCAUCGACCUGUCACAACGCAGAGCUGGUUUGUCACACCAUUGUCACAAUUUUAAAUGAUACUGAGCAAAGUGAAUUGCAGCUGUGUCGACACUCCUUCAGCGUCGACAGGAAGGGCAGCGUUUUAAACUAAUAAAGUCCCAAACUAAAUAUUUGGACACCAACAACAUUCCCAGAAGUCUCCAGCAGAACCAGGUUCUGGGUGUGUGGCCAUUUGCCUUUACUGGUCUGGAGUCAACAGAAUCUACAUGCUAGAAAUUAAUUUAGUAUUAAUUUGAUCCCAUUAAAGGAUGAAGCCAAACACAUCCUUUUAUUAAAGAUACACUGGAAUAUACAGUUACUCUCUGUAGCCCUGUCAAAAUAAAAGCCAAGUGAAAGCAAGAAAAUGUUUCCUGAUAAAAAGUGAAAAAAAUUGACAACUGACAGAUUUUAUAUGUAGACGAUGUUUGUUCUGUUUGUGGCCAGUCUAAUUAAUCGUCAUCGACCUUCUUGAACAUUACGUGGCGUUAGCAUGAACACGUAUCAUCAGGUGAAGUCGCUGCUGUGCAGCCUGGUUCCUAAGAAUGUUUUAAUGCAGCUAAAGUGCAAGUGA